UUUUGGACUCGUUUCUUUUUCUCUUCACCGUUUCUUUCUUUCAUUUUUCAUAGACGAUUUCAUAUUUAGGCAAGUGAUUUGUGUUAUAUUUUGUGUAUAAUUCGACUCAUAAGAUGGAAAAUAACACAGACCAUUCAGAUCAAAACAAUUUUAGUCCUCUGACUGUGCAAGAAGUAGACGUAGAUUUUUUGCCAAUUGUUUAUGAAAUUAUUCGAAGUGUAGAACGAGACUUUCACGACAACUCUGCCAAGAAUCGCGAGUCGCAGGAUUGCAGUCAAAAGGUCCUAGAACUGCAGAAGAAGUUUGACGUAGCACGCUCACAGAUCAAGCGAUUACCUGGUAUAGAAUACAAUAAACAGGAUCAAUUAAAACAGUUUGAAAUUCUCCGGACCCAGCUGAGGCUGAAGCGUGAAUUGUUGCAGAAGUACCGUAAUAUGUGCUCAUUUGAAACGUCAUUCAAGUGAUCCCAGUCAACAUGCCGCUCCGUGCUUUGCUCAAAUAUCUAGCAAACAAUGAGCAUCUGGUCCAGCGGAUCGCCGAGUCCUACCCCGUAAGAAGAGCA